AAAGUAGUCUGAAUAAUAACCGUAACAACUCAUAUAUAAUAAAAUGACGUUAAGAAAGACACCUUUACCGGUUUCACUGGGUGGAAAAGUUAUUUUGAUAAUUGCAAUCUACUCAUUUGUAAAUGUUACUAAUUGUGCAGUAACUACGAAUGGAUUCAAAAACGAAGACGUUGAUUCGAAAAAUGUAUCACAGGAAAAAGUUUGCGAAACACAAGCAUGUAUCGAAGCAGCAUCGCUAAUUAUAAAAAACUUGGACACAAAUUCAGUACCUUGCGAUAAUUUUUAUCAAUUUGCAUGUGGCAAAUUUUUAAAGGAAACAGUUAUUCCAGAAUCUAAAGAUAGUGUGUCAUCUUUUACUCUGACUGAUGAUAAACUAUGGCAGCAACUGAGAACAAGUUUAGAACGUAAAAUGGAUAAUAAUGCUCCAAGAACGUUUAAAGUGCUGCAGUCAUUUUAUAAUACUUGUUCAGAUAUGGCUAAAAUCAACGAAACUAGUACAAAUGAUAUGUUGGAUAUACUGAAGAAACUUGGUGACUGGCCUGUUCUGGUCGGACAAUCUUGGAACGCUUCCGACUUUGAUUGGAAAAAAUUAAUCUAUCAGAUGCGUGAAAUUGGAUAUACAAAAGCAAUGAAAUGUUUUAUAUAUUCAAGUAUCGAUGUCCUCGGUAACAACAAAUAUGAAAUAACUCUGGAUCAGGCAUCUACAGGACUCGAACAAGAGUACUUGUCAAAAGGUUUCCAAGACAAAAUUGUACAAGCCUAUUAUAAAUAUAUGACCAAUCUUGCGGAAGUCCUCGGAGCUGCUGAACGACAAUCGAGGAAAGACCUACGUGACUCUUUGGAUUUUGAAAUUGAGCUUUCGAAGAUUUUUUUACCGAGAGAAGAUCGUAGAAAUAGAUCUCAGCUUCACAAUUCUAUGACUCUACAACAACUAGAAUCAGGAUAUCCAGAUAUUCCCUGGCGCGAGUAUUUCAAUAACAUUUAUUUUUCACAAACUAAAUUUAUUACAACUAACGAUCAAAUCAUAGUGAAAGUUCCAUAUUUCCUUAAAUCUUUAAUAAAUCUAAUUAACAAUACUCCGAAACGUGUUCUUGCCAAUUACGCUAUUUGGCGAGUAGUCCAAGAGUCGGCUUCUUUCAUGAAUGAACGCGUGAAACGCAUCGAAGCUGAUUUCAGUGCGUCAACAACAGGUACAAAUAUACAAGAACAACCAUGGAUACAAUGUCUGGAUUACCUAUCGAAAAAUUUACGUUUGGCUCUUGGAGCUUUAUAUGUGAGAGAUCAUUUCGACAAGGAAUCGAAAAAAGUUGCUGAAGAACUUGUUCACGGAGUCAAUAAAAGUUUUUUAGGUUUAUUAGAAAAGAUUGAUUGGAUGGAUGCAAAAACUAAAGAGACCGCUAAAACGAAGCUCCGUUCAGUUAAAGAAUACGUUGGCUACCCGGAUGAAUUCCUUGACGACAAAAAAAUUGAUGCCUAUUACCAGGAUUUAGAUGUCAAUUCAGAAAGUUUUUUGAAAAGUCAUCUGAACUUGAAGCUUUUCUCUUUCCAAAAAAUUUUAUCAGGGCCGGCAAACCCUGGCGAUAAAUAUGAUUGGACCGAUAUAGGGUAUACCGCAGUAGUAAACGCUAUGUAUAGUCCUUUCAUAAAUACCAUUAUAAUUCCGGCGGGAAUAUUGCAAGGCGUAUUUUUCAACAGUAGUCGGCCGCACUACUUGAAUUACGCUGCGAUUGGUUGGUUAAUUGGUCAUGAAUUAACACACGGGUUUGAUGAUCAAGGUAGUCAAUACAACGAGGAUGGUGAGUUGGUGAACUGGUGGGAUCCUGAAACAUUGAAAAAGUAUCUUAAUCGAACUAAAUGUAUAAUUGAGCAAUACAGUAAUUAUACACUUAAUGGCUUGAAAUUGAAUGGUAAGAAUACUCAAGGUGAAAAUAUCGCUGAUAACGGAGGUAUCAAGGAAGCUUACUUCGCUUAUGAAGAAUAUGAAAAGACUCAUGAGCAAGAAUUAGGUUUGCCUGGAUUAUCGUACACACCGCGGCAACUGUUCUGGAUCAAUGCAGCAAAUAUGUUUUGCGACAAAUCUAGACCUGAAGUUUUGGAACAUGGAAUGAAGACCAAUGAUCAUAGUCCUUAUGGGAUCCGUGUCAUUGGGACUUUCUCAAAUAUACCUGAAUUUUCUAGAGACUUUAAUUGUCCAGUCGGAUCGCCAAUGAAUCCUACUAAAAAAUGUACCGUUUGGUAAACAUACAUUUCAUAUCAGUACUAUCAUAUUUUAUUUUAUCUGAGCAAAUAUUAAAAACUAAUAUAAAUAAUCUAUAGUUGAUGUAUCAUAUAAAAUAUUUUCGCAUAGUUUAGAAUUGAAAAUAUUUUUACCAUAGUCAUCAUUAAAGAAACCUUUCGAAUGCAUAAAAUUUAUUGUUUGUAAACAUAUGCGAAUAAAACCUGUCAUUUGUUAUAACAAUUGUAGCCCAAUUUAACUUAAAAAAAUUAAUAAAAAUAAAUGA